GUUGUACGUCUCUCAUUUUUAAAGAUAUGAUAUGAUUAAGUUUAGUAAGGAAGGCAUGUAAAAAGUCAAGAUAGGCUGACAGCUAGGCCUCUUUCACCAAACAAUUAGCCAAGUUGUAAAUGCAAAGGAAAACCUCUUGAAGAAAAUUAAAAGUGCUACUCCAGUGAGCAUGUGAAUUAGAAAGUGAAACAGCCUUACUGUUAACAUGAAGAAAGUUUUAGGGGUCUGGGAAGAAGAUCAAAUCAGCAACAACAUUCCCUUAAAACAAAACCUAAUCCAGAACAAAGCUCUAAGUCUCUUCACUUCUCUAAAUGCUGGGAGAGGUGAGGAAGCUGCAGAAGAAAAGUUUGAAGCUAGCAGAGAUUGGUUUAUUAGGUUUAAGGAAAGAAGCUGUUUCCAUAACAUAAAAGUACAAGGUGAAGCAGCAAGUGUUGAUGCAGAAGCUGCCGCAAGUUAUCCAGAAGAUCUAGAUAAGAUAAUUCAUGAAGCUGGCUACACUAAACAACAGAUUUUCAAUGUAGACAAAAUAGCUUUCCGUUGGAAGAAGAUGCCAUCUAAGACUUUUGUAGCUAGAGACAAGUCAGUGCCUGGCUUCUAAAGCCUCAAAAGAAGGGCUGACUCUCUUGGUAGGGUUAUUGCAGUGACUAACUUGAAGCCAAAACUCAAGUACCAUUCUGCAAA